UUUUUCGCAGCAUGACUCCCUUGUACCUCGUCGCCGUCCUUGUCGCCGUGUGCUCACUGGCGCGCGGGUCGCCAGCCCGGGGACCCCAAGAUGAUUACGCUUUACCCGACGAGCUCCUCAUAGGCGCGGGGACGGCGGCCAUCCAGACGGAGGGCGCCUGGGACGAGGAUGGCAAAGGAGAGAGCAUGGUCGACUACCUUUUACACUCUGGCAAGCUCGGCCCGGACGGCUUUUCGGCUCCGCACCUCCACGACAGAGGCGCGGACUCUUACCAUCGCUACAAGGACGACGUCGCGAUGGCCGCGAAGUUGAAGCUACAAGUGUACCGGUUUUCGAUUUCGUGGGCGCGGGUUCUGCCCGAAGCAGAUGCUACAAAGCCCAACGCGAAAGGCGUGCAGUUUUACCACAACCUCAUUGACGAGAUCCGCGCGCACAACAUUACCCCCCUGGUAACCAUGUACCACUUCGACCACCCCCAAAUUUUAGAAGAAGAAUUUAAGGGGUGGCUGAACAAGAAGAUGGUCGUCAAGUUCCGCGAGUACGCUUCAUUUCUCAUCAAAGAGUAUGGACACAAGGUCAAGAUGUGGACUUCGAUGAACGAGCCCAACUUGCACUGCUCGUUUUGGAUGAAGGAGAUGGUCACAGCCGAGGUGCUGCGGCCCGAAGAGGUGGAUCUCUACUCCUGCAUGCACAACUUUAUCCUCGGGCACGGCGAGGCUCGCAAGGCGCUCACAGAAAGUGGCCACGAGGGGACGAUCGGCAUGUCUGUGGCCAGCUACAUUUCGCGGCCCAACUCGACGCGAGCCGAGGACGCGUACGCCUCCGAGGCCUUCAACCAGUUCUACGCGGGCUUAAUGCUGCACCCCCUGGUGUUUGGCGACUACCCGCCCAUCGUCAAGGAGCUCGCCAAGGACAAACUGCCCGUGUUCACGGAAGAGGAGAAGGCCAUGCUGACCGACUCGACCGACUACAUUGGUCUGAACCUGUACUUCGGCAUGAUGGUGUCGUACCGGGACCCAAGCACCACUAGGAUGCCCGUCAUCAUGCCUUGCGCGCAGCUCUUGGACCAACUUAACUUCGUCAAUGUCGGCUACCGCGACCCUCAGGGUGGCACCAUCGGCGACUAUCCUCUCAACAUGAUCGCACCCGAUUCUAUGCGGAGUGCCCUGACUUGGGUUUGGUUUAACUACAAGAAACCCGUUGUCAUUACGGAGAACGGGAUCGGCGACAAGAAUAUGACGGGGGUUGAGGAUCACAUGCGUGCCGUGUACCACAGCGUUUUUCUGCGGUCUUUGGUGUCGUCAAUGAAGGAGUUUGGCGUGCGCGUCAUCGCGUACUGCGCCUGGAGUCUGAUCGACAGCUUCGAGUGGCGUCCGGCUUACGGCCGCCCGUUCGGCCUGAUCCACGUCGACUACCAAGGUGGCAGCUACAACCGCAGCCUUAAGGAGUCAUCGUCCUUCUGGAUCGAGAUGGCAGACCGGCGGGCCGUCCCGGUCGUGGACAUGCCGUCAUCCGCAGCCGCCGCGACCAGCGCCUGGCUGCUCCUCGUCGCAGUUGCGUCCGCGAGCGCUCUGCAAUGAGGGAAAACUCCACACGCAGAAAAAUAAAAUUCAGUUCCAUGUAAA